AUGGUAAUCGAAAGUGAUUCCUCAAGCGGCGGGGAUGUUAGCAGUAAUAUUGGUUCUGAACUAAUUGUAACCAGCCAAGGCGAAUCGGAUGUAUCAGAAAGUACAGUUACGUCUAACCAUUCAAUGAAUACACAAAGUACUAUUCCAUCUGAGCGACAUUCAUCAAAUUUUGGUGGUAAAAGAUCUUCUUCAAGGUCUAAAAGUUUUAUUCAAAAGCAUGCUAUUCGAUCAAAUGGAUCCAGUCAACUUUUUUUCAAGACAGACAUAGUUAAUAGCCCGAAAAAAUUCUCAAGUGAUGCGACAUCAUAUUCCACAAGUAUUUGCACACUGCUACGGAAAACUCCUUCUCCUUCUGAUUUUAAAAUAUUGCAAAAUUUUUCACCUUCUUCUUGUCAUCAAAAGGUAAAAAAUAAAAAAAUCGAUGGGGAAUACCGAGAAUCAAACGUUGAGAAUAUGCGAAAAAAGCGUAAAUCUUCGCAAAAAUCGAGCGAAUCCGGUUCAUCGUCUGGCAAAAUUUAUCAAAUCCGAAACGAUAACGCACGACAAAUCUUGCAGGAUAUGAAAUCGGAACAGAAGAAUUUUGCAAAAAGUAAAUCGGAUGAUAGAUAUAAAAUAUUAUCGAAUCAUUUCUCGAGAACUCCUUCAUCUUUAUCAGAUGAUUCUGCUGAAUAUCGCAAUGAAAGUAUUUUGGACAAGACGAGAGAUGAAUUUCCGCGAAGGGACGGAUCACUGGAAAAACUAAAAUAUUCCGAAGAACGAACAAUCCAUAGCGACGUUGCCUUUAGCGAAAGUCAGUUAGCAUCAAGUGCUAAUAGCAGUAAUUGUAUCCUGCAAACGGUCUCGUCGAAUUCUUCUUCAUACAGUUUCAAAGACGAUUUCGAGGAUAUUUUGACAAGAUUUAUAAAAAAUAUUAUUGAGAAGGAAAAGAAAACUUACGGUUUAAAUAAAAAUUUAAUAAGCUCUUUUGCGCAGACCGAUGAUUUUGAUGAACAAAAGCUUUCCAAAGCCCUUACUGAAGAGAUUAAAGGUUUUGUUUGUUGUUAUAUUAUUAUUGUAAAUUGGCAAUAA